GCUAUGCAUCUGUAGUCAUUUACAAUUUUCCUUUGCCUCUUGCAAGUCUUACCCUGGAGGAUGUUCUCUCAGAACCCCCUGUCAUCCCCAUGAGUGAGGCAGCAGGGAAGAGGGAAUGGGGCUGACCCAGAUCCCACUCCCAGGGCCUGGCUUCCACAUGGCUGAGCAGGAACUAGGGAGCAGGCGCGCACAAAAGAGGGCUUUGAUAUGACUCCAGCCAGGCUGGGGCCUCUCCCUUCUUUGCUAACCCUGUUUUGGUCUCCUUGUGAGCCUGAUUUAAUGGAAAACUGGGGGCGGUGAGAAGUUCCUUGUGACACACUAAUCCCGACCUGCUGACUAGACCAUGUCCCCAGCUGAGGCAACCUACAGGCUCCAGAAGGACUCAGGACCAGGUGACCCCAAGGAGGAGCUGCUGACCUGGCAGCUCUGACUUCCUGUGCUGGGGAAGGGGCUGCCUGGAGAAGCCCUGGAGGAGGUAGGGCCCUUCGUCAGAGAACUCAGUGCUGUCAGAGGUAGCAUGUCAGAAGGGGUGAGCAUGUUCCGCGUGGUCCCUGAAGAGGAACAGGAGCUCCGUUCCCAGCUCGAGCGGCUCACAACCAAGGACCACGGGCCUGUCUUUGGCCUGUGCAGUCAGCUGCCCCGACACACUUUGCAGAAGGCCAAGGACGAACUGAAUGAGAGGGAAGAGGCUCGGGAGCAGGCGGUGCGAGAGCUGCAGGAGCUGGUGCGGGAGCAGGCGGCGGCUGGGGAGGAGCUGGCCCGGGCGGUGGCCGAAAGGGUGCAGGGCAGGGACAGCGCCUUCUUCCUGCGCUUCAUCCGCGCGCGGAAGUUCGACGUGGCGCGCGCCUACGAGCUGCUCAGAGGCUACGUGCACUUCCGGCUGCAGUACCCUGAGCUCUUUGACAGUCUGUCCCUGGAGGCAGUCCGCUGCACCAUUGAGGCUGGCUACCCUGGCGUCCUCUCCAGUCGGGACAAAUAUGGCCGCGUGGUCAUGCUCUUCAACAUUGAGAACUGGGACUGUGAAGAAAUCACCUUUGACGAGAUCUUGCAGGCCUAUUGUUUCAUCCUGGAGAAGCUACUAAUAAACGAGGAAACUCAAAUUAACGGGUUCUGUAUCAUUGAAAACUUCAAGGGCUUCACCAUGCAGCAGGCAGCCGGGCUGCGAGCCUCAGAUCUCAGGAAGAUGGUGGACAUGCUCCAGGAUUCCUUCCCAGCCCGGUUCAAAGCCAUCCACUUCAUCCAUCAGCCGUGGUACUUCACCACAACUUACAACGUGGUCAAGCCCUUCUUGAAGAGUAAGCUGCUCCAGAGGGUCUUUGUCCAUGGAGAUGACCUCUCCGGCUUCUUCCAGGAGAUCGACAAGGGCAUCCUGCCUGCUGACUUUGGGGGCACACUGCCCAAAUACGACGGCAGGGUCAUUGCCGAGCAGCUCUUUGGUCCUCGGGCCCAAGCUGAGGACACAGCCUUCUGAGGACGUCUCCUGCCGUCUGAGUCAUGGUUUGCAGUGUGUGGUCAUCACCUUCUUUAUAAUGUUACAGUCAACAAUCCAUGGUCAUAAAUGGUAUUUCCACAGGACUUCUGAGCUGGAGGAGGAAUCAUAACAAAUUCUUGUGGGCAGAAGAGGGAGGUGCUGAGCAGUGAGGAUCCCCAUUUUCAAAUAAAAUCUUGUACCAGACCCUGAUAUUUUAAACUAAAGAGAGUGAAGCUGUUCUGCUUGAAGGGGGAUCAGCAGCUGCCACCCCUCUCUGAGAGAUCUCCUAGGAAGACUUGGGACUGAGAAAGUAUUUCAAGCAGUAGGACAUGAGCACCUCUGUCCUAUGGUGGUGAGGGGUCAAGUGAUAGGAGAAUGGAGACGGGCAUUUGCCAAGAGGGAGGGCUUUGGUGACUGGGCAGUAGAGGUGUCAGUGGAAUGAGAGUGGGGAAUGGGGCCGAGUUUAAAGAAACUAAUGGAGUAAGCAUUUUUGUAAGCUUUCAAAAUGCACUUCUAAUUGUUUUUCAAAAGAAGGUGCCCUAAAUCUGAGGGAGACAGUGCUUGUGCCCUGUCGGUUGACCCUCAUCCUUUCCCUGGUCCCUGACUGCCAGAAGCCCUCCUGGACACAGCCCAGGUCCACCCUCUGAUUGGUGGAGGCUCUAACUUAUAAAUGAAAUCAGAUGUGGAGAAAACUGCAGGCAGAUGCUGAGCAGCAGGCUCUUCGGGGUGGCCUUGGCUCCUUCUCAAA